AUGCCUCGCGGCAUCACCUCCGCGACUGUCGUCCCAACCGCCUCUGACGACUACGCAGAACCUGCCCAAGCACCACCUACCAACGCUUCGAUCUCGGAUGAGGAAGGCGGCGUAUACUCAUCCGAAGAAGAAGAAGACAGUCACAUUCCCGCUACACCUGUAGCAGAUUUGCAAUCAGACAAGUAUCUCCAAGCAGCAUUCAACGGCGAAGCAUCUGAGGCCCAAGUGACCUCAGCGGAUGGUGUGGUUGACGGAAGUCCAUCUCAAGCUGCUGUAGCAUCCACCGGCACUGAAGACCCCCCACAGCAGCAGCCAAACACCGAUGCCAGCCAGCAGAAGGCUGUCCCGCCUCUGAUCGGUAAAACGUUGCGCCAGCGUUCACAGUCGGCAGUCAUCCAGAAACAGAACGGGGUACCGCUCACCAAAAACUACUUGGAACUUGUGAGAGACUUUCGCCAACUGCGGCCAUUCACGCGUCGCCCUGACGGAAAAUAUCCGGCCGACACCCUCUGCGUCUACUGCGUCAAUACAAGACCCACCUCCGUCUUUUUCCCGUGCCAGCACAUGUGCGUCUGCAAUGACUGCAUCGAGUUGAACCAUAUAUCAGCGGAUUACUCGUCUUCGGCGGACUGGUGGUAUGUACACAAGCUAGCUCGAAUGCCCCCCCCUACUAUGCAUACUAACCGUGUUCUCCUUGACUACUCCCAGCGCUUGCCCAGUUUGCAUGGCCGACAUCCGCCUAAUCCUCCCUCAUUCAGGGAAGGAAGAGGAAAAGUACUGGAAGUGGGUCCUCGAAAUCAUGCCUUCGCUCCCCUCAGGCUUCAAACAGGAAUUCAAGGAGGCCGGACGACGCCUGAGCAAGAACGCAACUCCCACUCGUGGUCGAAGAAGCUCGAUUGUCACGAUGUUUCGACGCGAACCCACUCCCCCAGAGGAGGCUCCAAAAGAACCUCCUCCCAAGCCCAAGGUUCCAGUACUUGGCCGUCGUCACUCGUGGCAGCCUGGUGA